AAACAUGGAAACUGUAACAUUCUAAAGAAUCAUCAAUAAGGAUACAACAUACACGGAUAUAAAUCUCCUCUCAAAUCUCUCCUUCAUAUACUCUUUUGUCCUGUCUCCUUUUGUUUGUUUUCUGUUUGUUAGAUUUGUUUUUGUUUCUUUUACCGAUGGAUAUCCUCAACGAGACAAGCAAUGAAGCCAAGACAACGACAGAGACUUCUGUCUCAACUGACUUGCGUCUGGCCAAACGCAUGAAAACAACUGUCUCCCCGACCACAACACUUGCCUUGUCCAACACCGCGGCAACCAAAUACAAAGGUGUGGUUCAGCAGCAGAACGGUCACUGGGGUGCUCAGAUUUACGCAGACCACAAAAGGAUUUGGCUUGGAACUUUCAAAUCCGCUGCUGAAGCCGCUGCUGCGUACGAUAGCGCAUCUAUCAAGCUCCGAAGUUUCGAUGCUAACUCGCACCGGAACUUCCCUUGGUCUGAAAUCACGGUCCACGAACCGGACUUUCAAAAUAACCACACAACAGAAGCUGUGUUGAACAUGAUCAGAGACCGUACUUACCAAAACAAGUUCAUGGAUCAUCUGAGAGUAAGAUCUCAGAUGGUAGCCAUCGCGAACAUCAACAUCGUGGGAUCAAAACAGAGCCGAGAAGGAGGAGGUGUACAAGAAUCAACCAAGUGUUUCUCUUGCACGGAGCUUUUCCACAAGGAACUGACACCGAGCGAUGUUGGGAAGCUUAACCGGCUUGUUAUACCUAAGAAGCAUGCAGUGAAGCAUUUACCUUUCAUAAGAGAAGACGAGCAGAACGAGAGAGAAGAGGGCGGAACAGGAGGAGCUCUGGACGAUGUUGAGGUUGUGUUUUAUGACAGGACAAUGAGACAAUGGAAGUUUAGGUAUUGUUACUGGAAAAGUAGCCAGAGCUUUGUCUUCACCAGAGGAUGGAAUGGUUUCGUCAAGGAGAAGAAUCUAAAGGAGAAAGAUGUUAUUGUCUUCUACACUUGCGAUGUCCCGAGCAAUUUCAAGACAUUACAAGGUCAAAGCAGCAACUUCUUGAUGAUUGAUGUUGAUUACUUUACAGAUAAAGGUUCUAUGGAUCCCAAGGAAGUGAACAAGAGGGUUCAUAACGUUUCUGAGGAAGAAAUGAAAACAGAAAACUUCUUUAGCUCGAAGGUAGAAGAAGAAACCAAUUCCGAGGUGAGCAAAGGAGGGUUCAUGCUGUUUGGUGUUAGGAUUUAA